UCAGCGCAGGGGGCGGGGCGCCUAUAUUACGUGCGCGGCGCCGCCCCUGCGAGAGGACGUUGCGUGCUCGCUCGCGCCAGGCGAGUCUCCGCGUCUCCCUCGCGAACUCGGUGAAAGGAAUUGGCGCCGUUCGACACCAGGCGGAUCCGCUCUGCAGCACGACCCCAUCUCCAGCCGCAGCCGCAGCCGCCGCCCGGGCCGAGGAGCAGCCGCAGCAGCCGCCACCAGUGGCCGAGUGAGCGGAGCCGAGUUUGAGGCAGCGCCUAGCGGUGAAUCGGGGCCCUCACCAUGAGUUCCUCGCCUGUUAAUGUAAAAAAGCUGAAGGUGUCGGAGCUGAAAGAGGAGCUCAAGAAGCGACGCCUUUCUGACAAGGGUCUCAAGGCCGAGCUCAUGGAGCGACUCCAGGCCGCGCUGGACGACGAGGAGGCCGGGGGCCGCCCCGCCAUGGAGCCCGGGAACGGCAGCCUAGACCUGGGCGGGGAUUCCGCCGGGCGCUCGGGAGCAGGCCUCGAGCAGGAGGCCGCGGUCGGCGGCGAUGAAGAGGAGGAGGAAGAGGAAGAGGAGGAGGAAGGAAUCUCCGCCCUGGACGGCGACCAGAUGGAGCUAGGAGAGGAGAACGGGGCCGCGGGGGCGGCCGACUCGGGCCCGAUGGAGGAGGAGGAGGCCGCCUCGGAAGACGAGAACGGCGACGAUCAGGGUUUCCAGGAAGGGGAAGAUGAGCUCGGGGACGAAGAGGAAGGCGCGGGCGACGAGAACGGGCACGGGGAGCAGCAGCCUCAACCGCCGGCGACGCAGCAGCAACAGACCCAACAGCAGCGCGGGGCCGCCAAGGAGGCCGCGGGGAAGAGCAGCGGCCCCACCUCGCUGUUCGCGGUGACGGUGGCGCCGCCCGGGGCGAGGCAGGGCCAGCAGCAGGCGGGAGGGGACGGCAAAACAGAACAGAAAGGCGGAGAUAAAAAGAGGGGUGUUAAAAGACCACGAGAAGAUCAUGGCCGUGGAUAUUUUGAGUACAUUGAAGAGAACAAGUAUAGCAGAGCCAAAUCUCCUCAGCCACCGGUUGAAGAAGAAGAUGAACACUUCGAUGACACAGUGGUUUGUCUUGAUACUUAUAAUUGUGAUCUACAUUUUAAAAUAUCAAGAGAUCGUCUCAGUGCUUCUUCCCUUACAAUGGAAAGUUUUGCUUUUCUUUGGGCUGGAGGAAGAGCAUCUUAUGGUGUGUCAAAAGGCAAAGUGUGUUUUGAGAUGAAGGUUACAGAGAAGAUCCCAGUAAGGCAUUUAUAUACAAAAGAUAUUGACAUACAUGAAGUUCGUAUUGGCUGGUCACUAACUACAAGUGGAAUGUUACUUGGUGAAGAAGAAUUUUCUUACGGGUAUUCUCUAAAAGGAAUAAAAACAUGCAACUGUGAGACUGAAGAUUAUGGAGAAAAGUUUGAUGAAAAUGAUGUGAUUACAUGUUUUGCUAACUUUGAAAGUGAUGAAGUAGAACUCUCCUAUGCUAAGAAUGGACAAGAUCUUGGCAUUGCUUUCAAAAUCAGUAAGGAAGUUCUUGCUGGACGGCCACUCUUCCCGCAUGUUCUCUGCCACAACUGUGCAGUUGAAUUUAAUUUUGGUCAGAAGGAAAAGCCAUAUUUUCCAAUACCUGAAGAGUAUACUUUUAUCCAGAAUGUCCCUUUAGAGGAUCGAGUUAGAGGACCAAAGGGGCCUGAAGAGAAGAAAGAUUGUGAAGUUGUGAUGAUGAUUGGCUUGCCAGGAGCUGGAAAAACUACCUGGGUUACUAAGCAUGCAGCGGAAAAUCCAGGGAAAUACAACAUUCUUGGCACAAAUACUAUUAUGGAUAAAAUGAUGGUGGCAGGUUUUAAGAAGCAAAUGGCAGAUACUGGAAAACUGAACACACUGUUGCAGAGAGCCCCACAGUGUCUUGGGAAAUUUAUUGAGAUUGCUGCCCGAAAGAAGCGAAAUUUCAUUCUGGAUCAGACAAAUGUGUCUGCUGCUGCCCAGAGGAGAAAAAUGUGCCUGUUCGCAGGCUUCCAGCGAAAAGCUGUUGUAGUGUGCCCAAAAGAUGAAGACUAUAAGCAAAGAACACAGAAGAAAGCAGAAGUAGAGGGGAAAGACUUACCAGAACAUGCGGUCCUCAAAAUGAAAGGAAACUUUACCCUCCCAGAGGUAGCUGAGUGCUUUGAUGAAAUAACCUAUGUUGAACUUCAGAAGGAAGAAGCCCAAAAACUUUUGGAGCAAUAUAAGGAAGAAAGCAAAAAGGCUCUUCCACCAGAAAAGAAACAGAACACUGGCUCAAAGAAAAGCAAUAAAAAUAAGAGUGGCAAGAACCAGUUUAACAGAGGUGGUGGCCAUAGAGGACGUGGAGGAUUCAAUAUGCGUGGUGGAAAUUUCAGAGGAGGAGCCCCUGGGAAUCGUGGCGGAUAUAAUAGGAGGGGCAACAUGCCACAGAGAGGUGGUGGCGGCGGUGGAAGUGGUGGAAUCGGCUAUCCAUACCCUCGUGCCCCUGUUUUUCCUGGCCGUGGUAGUUAUUCAAACAGAGGGAACUACAACAGAGGUGGAAUGCCCAACAGAGGGAACUACAACCAGAACUUCAGAGGACGAGGAAACAAUCGUGGCUACAAAAAUCAAUCUCAGGGCUACAACCAGUGGCAGCAGGGUCAAUUCUGGGGUCAGAAGCCAUGGAGUCAGCAUUAUCACCAAGGAUAUUAUUGAAUACCCAAAUAAAACGAACUGAUACAUAUUUCUCCAAAACCUUCACAAGAAGUCGACUGUUUUCUUUAGUAGGCUAACUUUUUAAACAUUCCACAAGAGGAAGUGCCUGCGGGUUCCUUUUUUAGAAGCUUUGUGGGUUGAUUUUUUUUCUUUUCUUUUUUGUACAUUUUUAAUUGCAGUUUAAAAGUGAAUCGUAAGAGAACCUCAGCAUUGUGCACGAUAAGAGAAUGUGUCAGUAUUUCAGGGUUCUACAUUUUAUCUGUAAAAUGUGACUUUUUUUUUUAUCACAACAGAAGUAAAAUGUUGCUUUGUACCUGGUGUCUUUUAUUAAGAAUUUACUCCCCCCAUUUCUCACAGAGAAUAACAGUCGGGAGUCAUUGUCACAAUAUAAUAGAAAUGUUAGCAACCAGAUUCAUGUAAGGACUAAGUGGUCCUCAUGAAUUGCAUUAAGACUCUGUACUGCUCAUAUUACACUCCAUCCUCUCUGUAGUUUGCUGGGUAGUGGAGGGGGUAAGCUAAAUUGUAGUUUCUGACAAUAACUGGGAAGGAUUUUUCUUAAAUAACGAUGGAAUUGGUAUAAUUGGGAUUGAAAACCAAAACUUGGAACUAAGAUAGAGAAGAUGGAGUGUAUGUAGAAGGGCUGUUAAAAAUGUAAACCUUGGUUGCAUUAUUUGUGGAGGCUCAAACUUGUGAAGGUUAAAUACCAUAAUUUUUCCAUUUGUUCUGCAUUUUGAUUCUGAAAAGAAAGCUGGCUUUGCCCAUUUCUUAUUAAAAAAACUUGUUGUAAAUCCAGUUGUCUAAUGGGAUCUAUAUGAAGUUAGCCAUGUCUGUAUGCCCUUCUCCCACAAAAUACUGUAUAACUAGUGUGCUUGUAGUAGUUAACUCCACCAUCUUUGUAAGCUAAUGAAAUUGUGAGUCACCCAUUUAUAUCUUAAUUUUUAAUCAUGUCAGUUCUUGAAUGGGUAUCUCCUUAGCCUGCUGAUUUCUUUUUCUUUCUAAAGAAAGUGGGUGGAGAAAUUAAUUUAGACGUUUGUUUGCAAUAAAAAGAAUUCAUUUUACUCUUGUUUUGGGAUUCUCGCCAUCAAGGUUCAAAAUCCCUUUAACUCCCAAGAGGAGAAAUUUUAAGUGUGUGCUUUCUGGACAGCUUAUUUACUCUGCAUAGAACAUUUAGGUUUUAAAAACUUAAAUGUAUACUGACAAUUGAUAUAUAAUUAUGAAGUAAAGUUGAAUUCUUCCCUUCCCCUCCCCACCAGACAACUUUUAACAUAUUUAAUGAGGGGAAAAGGUACUGGCUGGGAGAAGUUAACACUGAGUUUAUCAUCUUUACCGAAUGCUAAUGCUGUCCUCAACUGAUUAUUUUAUAUACAUAUAUAUGAUACAUGAAACUCUGGGAACAGAUGCUUUUAGAAGCCAUCAUGCAAGCCAGUCAUUGAUGUCACUACUACACAACACUGCUAACUUGACUGUAGCUCUGUAAUAACAUUAGAUCCCCUAAUUGUAAUUAUAUUGGGUUUGCACAGAACACUUUUAAUCUUCCCCUCACCCAUGUGAAGUGAGGAAUCAGGAGUCAAACUGUAGAACUAAAAUUUGACUUCAGUCUAGUGUUUCCUUGGUGUUUUUAGGUUGCUUUUGGUAAGUUUAGGUUUGCUAUAUUUCUGAUUGCUUAGAAUUUUGUUUUAGCCCUUUAAAAUCAGAUCUUAAAUAUCAAUUCAUACUUCUAAGGAAUUUUCUUGGUGUAAGCUGGAGUUUUAAGUGAUGGUGUAGGUUCAGUUGAGACAUUUUUGGAACAAAGGCUAAUCCUUAGUUAACAUAGGAUAUUUAACAGUUGAAGAUAGUGUCAUGGAUUUUUACCUUUUCUAGCAAGUAAUGCUAAGAACCACUGGCCUGAGCUGCUCUUCAGUAUACCUUAUUACGAUUGCAUAGGCUUACCUAGAGGAACAGUUUCAGGUUUUGAUUCUAAUCAGCGUUGUGUCCUAAAGUUGUCCUUUGUGCCUUUAAAAAGUCUUGGCUAUACCCUGUAGUUUAAAAUUGCUUAUUAAGGAAUUCAUUUUAUAAUUGCAAUGGGAAAGUCAUGGUCAAGUAACACUAGGUAGACUAUCAUUCCUGUUUAGCCCAGAGAAUUUGGGGAGAGUGUAGUUAAAAAUGGUACCCAGAAAAAUGUUAAAAUUUUUAGUCAAGACUGGAAUUAAUAGAAUUGUCUACACUUGUAUGGAAGAAGUAACCUUAAAGUGUUUAAGGGAUUCAGAGAAGGGAGUGUACCAAAUAGCAAGCAACAGGGAGAAAAUUAGGUAAGUUAAGAAAUAAGAUAUGAAUGAGAAACCCGAUUUAUUGCUCAUCCUUCCCAUGCCUCCCUAAUGGCAAGCAAAAAUCUGAACAACUGAAAAGGAUGUAGUUCUGGACAAAUCCUAACUACCCAAAGGAAACUCACUGUGAGAUUGCUGUUGAUUUGAGGGGUGCUUUCACUAAGAGGUUAUAUUUGAAAAUAGAAUAACAUGCUGAGUGAAAACUGGCUUUGGAUUGGUCAGCUGCAGUAAUACAAAAACAGCAGAGAAUUUGAGAAAAGAAAACUAAAACUUAGACUGCUGUGAGAAAUGAUGUAAAUAAAAUUAUAUGGAAAGUUUUCCCUCAUAUACUCACACAUCCUUUGAAGGGCUCUGGCUUUGACCAGUUUAUGGCCUUGAGCAAGAUGAAAUCAUGAAAUUGAGUCAAAUCAAUUUGACACUGAAAUGACAAGAGGAAACUCUUAAAUUUAUAACAAGCCCUCAUUUGCCUAGGACAGAUCCUGUCUAUAAAAAUAAAGAUUGAACCUAGAUGUUCUGAGCACUAGCAACAAGGUAUUAAAGUUUAAAGGAAUUUUCUUUGAAAAAGUUAUGAAAUUAUUCUAGGAAACAACCAUAAUAGUAUUUUAAGGGACUUUCACCUGGGGAUUUUAUAUUCAUGAAUAGAGUGUAUUCUGUAUUUAAAAUGUCUCAUUUGUGGGAAUUGAAUGACAUGUUUUUUGAUAAAUUUAUUCACAAUAUAAAUUGACUUUUUAUUCUAGGACCAUGUAAAUAAUGGGUUCCAUUGCACAAAUAAAAAUAUUUUAAUAGCUUUUUAGGCAGUGGUGUAGACAUCUUGGAUAUAAAUAAUUGUAGACCUUGUAUAUUUGGUUUUUAAAAAACUAGCAUAAACAGUGAGAGAGGCAUAAACAUAUCUUUUAGAGCCCAAGUGGUAGUGUCUAGCAUUGGAUAUAAUAAAUGGAUGUUUUACAAAGUGUUUCCAUAAUUCUCUUCCUAUACAUAAAUAUAAAAUGUCUUGUUUUCAAAAGUGGAUGGAACUUGGCUGGGUGUGGUGGCUCACGCCUGCAGUCCUAGCACUUUGGGAGGCCAAGGCGGGAGGAUCACUUGAACUCAGGAGUUUGAGACCAUCUUGGGCAACAUAGUGAGACCUGGUCUCUUAAAAAAAAAAAAAAAAAAGUGGAUGGAACUUGUAGCAGAGAAUUUUAUCUACUUCUCAUCCUGCUUGAGAAUACUCAUUUGAGAUGUUCCCUUGGAAAGAUGAACAGAAUGCUGCAUCUGAAGCCAUUUCUUCCCACCUAACAUUCUUAAAAUGAUUGGAGUUUAAACUUUGUCAUUCAUUCCUAAUUCUGGAGCUCUGAGGUUGAGGGGUUCAGUUUGGUGAAUAAUUGGGUUUAAGUUUUAACAUUUUAGUAAUAGUUAAUAAAAGCCAACAUACAUACGUUAAACGCUUGACAAUACGUUGCAAUUCCUAUGCAUUGGGACUCAUACCCAGCAUAAACCGUGCUUUGAGCAAGAAUUGGUCAACUACCUGAGAUCUCUAAAACAGUCAUUUGAAUUACUAAUUAUAUAAACCACAAGUCUCUUCGAAUUGUUAAUUGCCUAAAUUUACCCUAAAAUUUAGUUAACGCUGCAGUGCCUUUAUUAUUUAAAGCUUUUUUUUUGGUGGGGGAGGGCCACAGCUACUCCGUAACUUUAAAUUUUAAAGCAUGAAGGUGGUCUAGCUAGUAUUAGUGCUUGAGUUGGUAGUUACAUAGGCUGCUCUUGAAUCAUCCUGUUUUCUUUGCCUAGGAUUAGCACUACAGGUACAUAUUUGUAAAAUAAGCAUUAAAAGUACUUUGUCCAGCUAACUCAUGUUGGAGUGACCUUUGUCUUAUUAACCUUUGUUAUGAAACUUAAUUAGAAUAAGCCCUUGAGAAUUUGGAAGUGAGCUAUACUACUAAUGUAGUAUGUAUCCCUUUGGAGUAGGUGAAAAACCAGGGGUCACCUAGAGUCUAUGUUUUUGAAAUUGAACAGAAACAAUUCAUCUUAAUACUUAGUUUUCAUUAUGUUUAGCUUAAUAUGUGUGCUAGUUUAUUUGGCGUCACACUUAUGUCAAUCUCAAGUCAUGCAGAAAUAGCACAGUCUCAGGGAGGAGGUUAGGUGGGAAAUUGAUACGCUUACGUUAUUGAGUAGGACUAUGCUUUCGCAUCCUAACCAAUUGACUAAAAAUAUAAAUGAUUGAAAUAAUUUUCGUUAGUUGCCCCAGGAAUCUUUAAUAAUAGUUUUAAGCGAUAGUAGAUUGGAAAUAGGCAGAUGGGUUAUAUUCAUAAUGUUAACCUAGAAUUACUCAGAAAAUAUAACACCUAUGUAGUAGAAUGUGUUGAUUGUAAGCCUAGUGUUAGGCAAACAUGUUGAAGAUGGGCCAGGACAUCAGUAAUCACUACUUGGUUAGGCAAGUUAUUAGGACAGGGAUCAUAACCAUGUUGUCAGUUUGUAGUUACCUAAUUAUUGAUAAGGAAUACUUUCUUUUUCAUGCCAGGAUUCAGCGUAUACUUGUGUCUUGAGCAGGUGCUUUGCUUUUACAGCUGAAUCCUGGGCAUAAAAAGCUAUAUACUGUAGUUGGAAGUGUGAAGUAAAUGUCAGUGUAGGUUAGUCUCUAGAGAAAUGUCUUCUAUAGAGAUUCAGGGUUUUUUUGCACCGUUAUGGUCACCAUACUGUGCCAAUGACAUAGUUACUCAUGAGCAUGUCCAGUCUGUCUAUAUUAUUGAAAAAUAAUGCAGAUAUUACAGGCUGGAGAGUUAGCAUCUGGCAGAAGUGCUGCACCAUUGUGGAUGUUCUUCCUACUAGUUAACAAUUCCAUUCUGAACCUUACGGGAAGUCAAAUGAGUGAUAUCUAGUAAAAUACAUGUUGCAAACACUUAAAGCAUUGCCACAAAUUGGUGUCAGCCGAGACAUUUAAAAAAAUUUAAAACACCAAGAAUAGAUGGGGCUGGUAUGGACACCAGUUUGUAAGUGUGACAUUAAUGCUGCAACAGUUAAAGCAUAUAUGGAGGUGAGAUAACAUUAGUACCUAAAGAGUUAUUGGCUUAUUUAAAUGUCAACUAACAAAAGGAAUUUUUUGAGGCAACUUGUAUCCUGUAUCUCAGUUGUAUGUAGUUAAAGAUUGGGAGAAUCAUGGUCAAGUACAAGAAUAAAAGAUUCCAACGUAACUUUUUUUUUUUCUUGAAAAGUAAAGCAAACAAAUGUGCUGAUUUACAUUUCAUCUCCUUUUCCUUAGUCUGUCCAUGUGAAUGUGCUGUGUGGAAGAGUUAAAGGGUCCAACUAAAUGUUCCAGUGAUUCCAAUAGGUAUUCCAAAUUAAUUGCUGCUUGUACAUUUCAUAGUUACGUUAGGCUUCCAGAAUCACUUUAAAUAGGGCUCUAUUUUUAAAAGAUGGGGGAAGAGGGUAAUUGGUAACCAGAUGGACAGAGUCUCCACAACAGAAAAAAGGGUGUUUUCUCUUGCAUAUCUGAGGUGAAGUGUGUAUUCUGUGUGUUCUUAGCAAUUGGCAGUCCUCUUGCUUAGGUUUACAGGUGUAUGUGCAAAUAGACCUGAGUACUUUCAAAGUUAGAUCAUUUUUCUGAUGUCAUCUAUUAAACUUUUGGCAAUACGUUUGUUUUGAUCUCCACCCUACUUGGUAGAGUGUAAGUACUUCCUUACAACGUUCUAACGUCAAACAGUGCAUAGGAGACCUUUCUGUCCUUGGUUGCCCAAAAUCUUUUUCAUUUCUAUUAAAUUCACAAAUACUUAUUUUUACUAGCUUAUGAAAAUUUGGAAAAUAGCUUGACAUCCUUUUGGAUAAUGAAGUGAUUAGUUCAUAUAUUGAAGUACAUAAAAUCAACUAGGAAGUAAAUUCAAGACUGAAGGAAUGGGAGGGCUUGUGUGAGCUUUGGUUGUAUCAGUCCAGGACAUGUAAUUUUCCAUUUCCCUGAAAAAGACUUUAGAGGAAUUUAUUUUCCCCACUAUACACUCCAGAAUGUCUUUAGGUGAACUAAGAGGGCUUGGGCUCUAUUCUGAUUCCAGAUGUAGCUAUCAGAGUUUGCUUAAUGAAAUAUGGGUCUACUCACAAAUAAAGCAAUUUAAUGGUUUCUGAAGAGUAGGCAACUUACAGUUUCAUAGCCAUUUCUGUUCAUUUGAGAAAAAUCAUAAAACUACAGAAAAGGGAAACAUUCAUUUCAAAAAUAAGCUUUGAAUUUAGAUGGUAAGGCAUAUGUUUUAUUUCACAUGACUUCAGGGUAUCGGUGAAGAAACAUUUUUAUGGAAACUUAAACCUUAAGAAGCCAGUAUAUGCAAAGAAUGAUUACUUUGAUAUCCCCUGAGGGUGUGCCAUAUAAUAGGUGACUGAUAACAUACAGGAUUUAAUUCUUAGAAGAAUUAAGAACAGAUACCACCCAUUACAUUGACCUACCUUUUAAAGUGAACAAUAGAAACCUCUCUCAGAAUUAGUAUUUGCUUAUUAUCAACAUAAAAAUACUUAAAUGUCCUUAUUCUAGAACAUGGAAGCAUAGGGCAAAUGCAAUGGUUGAAAGCACUGAAAAAUAUUUGUAAAACAUUUGUAGUGCUCACAUUAUGAACUUUAAUACUUUGAAAAAACUACCUUCAUAAUUUUUUUGUUCUAACAGCUUCCUUUUUAAGAAAACAUUUUAAAACAUUUUAAAAUGGAACUUAAUGUGCAAAAUAAGUUGUGUAAAAUACCAGUAUUUUGGGUGGUAGAGGAUAUUGGUAUAUUGACCUGGGUUGAUGACGACUGGAGUAUUUUAAGAUAACUACUUCCAAAAAUUAUUUUAUUCUAGAGGACCACUAAAAAUCAGAAUUACAGCAAUCAUUUUAAUUUUUCUACUUUCCUUGUUAAGAUCUUCUGCUUACCCAAAGAAUAGUGUAUAUCUUAACAUGACUUUUAAAGGGGUGUCUUGAUCCCCAUCACAGAUUUUUAUCUAGGAAUAGAAGGAUUGAAACCCUAUUUGAUCCCUAGCUCUUUGCUGAAAAGUGCAUAAACAGGAAUCCUGAAUUUAUUAUAUAGACCUCCUCGCAUUAUAUAAUCGAAGCAAAGGGAAACCAGCGAUGGAGUAGAGGUACGUAGACUAAAGAGAUGCUUGCAAAUCAAAUGAUGGUACCUAGGGAUAGUCACAUUUUCUUGUUGCCAAACUCAGUCAAUAUAAAUCACAAGUCCAGAGAAGAGCUAGUUAAUUUUAAAUUCCCCGAGGUCCUUUUACUGAGACGGAAAAGCACAAGCAGUCAAGGAAAACCAGAGGGAGGGGCGAGGGAAGGGGAAAGUGCAUAAAGCACUUAGAAGAUUUUUUAAAAGUAGGUAUGAUAGAUAAGCCACAAGAAGUUUGUAAGACUACUAAUAACCAUAAUUCUAUUUUAAUCAGCUAUUUAGCUGGUACCUACUGCUAUAUCACCUAGUGUGACAUUUCGGAAUUAAUGGAACAAUGAAAGAAGCUGUACGCUGGAGGUUCCAGGUGCUCAUGGAAGGUUUCCAGUUUAUGCAAACUUCUGUGAAAAUGAGCUAACCUUGUUAUUGGUGAAGACAUUGGAAAUUUUACCAGCCAAGAGAGAGCUUCUCUCUUACUCAGGGUAAGAUGUAAUUGCAGUGUGCCAGUGCUGGAAGGGACCUGUUUUACAUGUUACGUAUGUUACACGUCAGCCCUCCAUGUCCUCCAGUUCUGCAUCCUUGGAUUCAACCAACCGUGGGUUGAAAAUACUGGAGGUAAAGACAAAAAAUAACAAUGAAACAACAACAACAAAAAAGGAAAAUAAUAACUAUAUUUACAGGGCAUUUAUUUUAUAUUAGGCAUUGUAAGUAAUUAGAGAUGACUUAAAGUAUAUGGGAAAAUGUAUGUAGAUUAUAUGCAAAUAUGAGGGCAUUUUAUUUCAAGGGACUUGGGCCUGUGGAUACCAAGGGAUAACUAAGUAUAAGUGGCCUGUCCACAGUUAUCAGAUUAUUGAUUAGUGAUCAUCAAUAUUUUCCCACAUUCAUGCAGUGCUGCCUCUGAAAACAUGGUUGAAUAUCCUAUGUAUUUUUUUUUUUUUUUAAAUUCGAGAGAGUCUCUAUCACCUAGGCUAGAGUGCAGUGGCGCAAUCUCGGCUCACAGCAACCUCCGCCCGCCCCACCUCGGGUUCAAGUGAUUCUCCUGCCUCAGCCUCCUGAGUACCUGGGACCACAGGCAUGCACCACCAUGCCUGGCUAAUUUUUGUAUUUUUAGACAAGACAGGGUUUUACCAUGUUGGCCAGGCUGGUCUUGAACUCCUGACCUCAGGUGAUCUGCCUGCCUCGGCCUCCCGAAGUGCUGGGAUUACAGGUGUGAGCCACCGCGCCCGGCAGAAUUUUUUAACAAUUAUUUGGUUAUAACUAAUUUGGAUAAUGUAGACUGCAUGCAGCUUUGAUUUGUGCCACUAAGAGUGGGCAAACUGUCUUCCUUUUUGUGAAUCAGUAAAAAUUUUCCCUCAACAUGUGUUUGACAGUGUCAUUCACUGCUAAGUUAAGGCAUUUGGUAAACCACACAGCCUCUGCAUCAUAACCUUCCUAGCGACAGCCACAAGAAAAGGUGGGCAUGGGAGGGAAAAUGUUCUUGUGAAUUGAACUGGAGCAAGCUCCAUUUUUCUUGAGAAAAAGAUGUAGAUCAAAAUAAUAUUUUCUUUGCUAUUUCUGUGCCUUCCAUGGUACAUCAAAAUAAUAGGACCAGAAAUGGCCACAAUCUUGUUGACUGCUGGUGUCUUCCCCCCAGUAUUUCUUUAAGCAUUUCUUAAGCAUCUAGCUUGUGUUUUGUUAUAUUUAAUAGAUUUUCUUAAAGUAAUUGUACAGAUUAAAACCAGGAAUAACUUCAUUUUCCUAGAAAGGGAGAAUUUCUCCAGAGAGUAAAUCCUGAGGAUUUAGUUAGAUGCUGUGGGUAUUCUUGUAUUUUAAAUAAUAUUUUAAUGGGAGCAGCUGAUUGACUUUCAAAUGGAUUGUUUACAUUAAUAGUAAUACUGCAAUUAUUUUUCUAUUGCAUCAGUCUGCCAAACAAGUUCCAUGUGCCUAUUUAAAUUCAAAACUAAUUAUACUUAAAAAUUUAAACCCUGCAUACUUUCCCAAAAAUGUUUAGGGCAGUUAAAAACAACUCUUUUGGAAGAUGACUCACAUUUUAAGAAAUGAGAGAAUACUGUCAAAUGAUGAAUGCAUUUAAAAAAUAAUUUGCAAAGUGAUAAAAUCCCUUCGUUUUAAAUCUUUUAAGAAGUCAGUAAGUAGUUGCUGCUUUUUAAUGGGAUACUAAUAAGGUUGAGGUUUUUGUUAAGGGAAGUUUACUUAUCAUUAAACUCUAUACUUACUACUACAAGGAAACUCUUUCCAAGUACAUUAAACACUAGGUUUUAUAAUUCUUUCACAUUUUAAGUAUGACAAGUCCACUAUAUGUAACAUGUAAGAAUGCUAUCCUGGCAGUAGACAUGGGGCCAGAAUAAAAUGGCAAGUUUUCAUUCCAUACAAGUGGGGGAAAAAAAUGACUACAACUUAAACUUUAUUUAUUUGAUUGAGAGCUUAUUGCACAUGAAAUGUUUUGUGUGGUUGAUCUUAAUUAACUUCGUUCACAUUGACUUUUCUGUGCUCAAGAUUGUUCAAUUGCUGCUGUUGCUGUUGUGUUUUCUUUCAGGAUCGAGGUGGGUACCUUCAUAUAAUAUCUUCUUUUUAAUUUCUUCUCUGGCAAUUCUUUCCCGGAUUCUUUGCUUUGCAUAAUUAUACCUACAAUGAAACCUUGGAAGAAAAGAAUAUGAAUAAAUUGUUAAUAUUAAGUCCUAGAGAAAUUAAUUUAUGAAAUUCUCUAUAAAUCACACAGAACUUAAAUACUUACAGAUGACUACCCUGAGACUGAAAAAUAUGAAUGUUCUAAUUUAUAGUGCUAUUUUUGGGCAGUAUUGGUGUCAGAAUACUAUCAACACAUUCUUUUUUAUUAGGAAAGAAAAGGAUGUCUACAUAACAGUUUGUAAAUGAUAAAAUCCAUUAGUUUUCAGUCUUCUGAUAGCAUUGUUUAUUAUAAGAAACUAGUAUUUGCUCUCAUUAACAGGAUAAUAAUGCUAUGUCUACAUAUAAUUAUUUCUAUCACCUUAAAUAGUUCACUGCAGAAAUUCAUGUAUAAAUGGAACCAUAUAGUAUGUACAUAUCGUACUCUUAGGUCUGGCAAAUAUUUGAGGCUCAUCCAUAUUUUCACUGAUCAGUGGUUAUAAACACAUUCUUAAAGUAGCAUUUUCAGAUAUGAAUAAGCAGGGAUGAAAUAAGUAUUAGGGUAAGGGAAAUGGUUGAGGCUUUCCUAAGUGAAGUGUAAAAACCACAGCUUUCUUUUUAAUGGAAUAUCUAAUACGCAUUUAUGCGUUCAAGCAUUUUAAGACAGAUUUCCAUGAAAAUGUCCUUAAAAGUCAAGAUUCUUCAUUGAGGGUGAGUAUCUCACAAUGGGAGAUUGCUCUGAAAACGUGCUUUUUGAAUUAGAUAACCUAUCAUGAAUACUUAGCAAACAUACCAGCAUCCCAAAGUCACCAAGAUAAACCCUCCUACUCCAACAUCACAUGAUCUUUUAAUUCUACCUGUCAAAAAUAAGCGUAACAGUCAAUUAGAAUAUAAAUGCCUGUUAUAAUUGCCUGUUAUAUACAUUACUCCAUCUAGAAAAAAAAUCUUUCAUCACAUAGAGAAAUGCAUUUUUUAGUACAUAGAGAAAUAAAAUAAACACAGAUACUCACUAGUGAACAAAAAAUGUCCAAAGCCAGCCACAAUAGAUCCUAAUGAACCAUACAAUAUUGAAUCCCGGGCGCAGGGAAUAUUUUCAACAUCUAAAAAUCCUAGGAGCUUAAAGGCCUAGAAUGAAAAAAAAAAAACCUAGAUUGAGUAAGAAAGUAUUUCAUUUUGGGGUGGUUUGGCAAAAAUGACAACACCAUUUAUUUUGUUGUAGUUAAGGGUUUAAACUGGAAUAUGUGCCAUGUGAAAACCUAAAUCAGCUUGUAUUGUCUUUGUCCAGCUUUGGUGUGCAGUCUCAAUCUUUCAAUCUGAAAGCCUUAAAAAUUGGACCAGAACACCCUUAAGCAAUAGGGUAACUUUUUAUGCCUAUCACUGAAAUUGAAAGCAGCAUAGUUUGCUUCAAUAACUCCAAUAAUUUGGGAAGCAGAAACGGAAGAAGUAAUUUGAGUCAUGUUUGCUUAUGUAGUGCCAUUUAAAAACCUUUCAUAUUUUAUUAACUAGGUUAACGUCAACUGUGGUUGUAAAUGUUUCAUGUUAAGAUAAACAUGGACAAUAUAUUAAACUCUAGUCUCUUUUCUUGCCUGUGAAGUGAGGCUGCACUUGAUUAUAUUUGAUUCUUUGUUCAUAAUACAUGGUAACGAUAGCUAGGUGUGGUGAAAAACCCGCGGAUCCAAAGAGCGGGAUUUUUCUCUCAGAUCUGCCGCUAACUUUUGUAUUCUAUAGGCUACUUUUAUCUCCAUGGUCUCAAUCUAUAACAUGAACGGAUUGGGUUAGAUGACUGAAGUUUCUUCAAGUGCUAAAAUGACUUCUUUUUCUACAGUCUUCAUUGGAUUUAUGUAUUUCUUUUUCCCAAUAUGUUUAACUGGGAUGUCUGUCACUCUAGGGCGGCAAGACAGACAUUUGAAAGAACAGUCACACUGCUGAACUGGCAUUUCUGUCAACACAAAAGUUUAGAAAAGUCAUUGUAAUUGUUUUCUAAAACUUGAUUCAGUAUGUAUCAGAUUUUCAGUAAGGCUGCUUUUAAAAGGAACCACUCUGUCCAUUUAAAGGUUUCAUAGUUAUCUUCAAUGGGUUAGUAUUUGGGGCAGGACAUUAAAACUAGAAGAGGAUUCUAUAGGAUGAGGUGAUACCUAGAAGGUAAUAUAUUGUAAGGCAAAAGACGUUAGAAGAAAUGGGGAAAGGACAGUAAAAGGCAAGUCAGAUUAAAGGUUGAAACAUGAAGAUACAUAUUCUCAAUUGUAUUUCUGCCUAUGUUUGCUUCUUUGGCUCAAGCAUCUGUUGAAAGAGACAAAAUGUGAUUUGGUUCAUAAUAAAGCAAAAAUUAUUUACUCUUGAA